UAGUGAAAAUAUGAUCACGCGUUCGUAUAUAUUCAUUAACGUUGACUGAAUAAUGAAUAAAAGUUUCAAUAGCUUUUAUUGUUUACUAAUUUAUAAAAAUUUCUUAAAGGAAUAUUUAACAAUAGGCAUCACGUUUUUGAAAGACAGGUUAACGAUGCGACGAGCGGCAGUGAUUUUGCAAAAUAUAUCUAAACCAAAAAAUGUGAAUGAACUGUGCCAUAAAGUUUUAUGUGCCAAUGUACGCAGGGAAUUCUCUACCAACUAUAGUCACAGGUGGCCCAACGUGCAGGUGGAAUGGGCAGCUAAAGAAACUCAGUCUAAAAAUAGUGCCCAUCAAGUACGAAACUAUGUGCCAUCAAUUGGAGAAGCAGUAGGCUGUUGGAAUUGCAAAAAAACAGGCGAAAGGAAACAUUAUAUGCUCUGCGAGGAAUGCGGCUUCUUGCAAGAUGUUGACAUGGAAAUUAAUUAUUUCGAUUUACUUAACUUCCCUAAGAGUUUUGAAAUUGAACGACAGAAGCUAACACAACAAUUUCGGAAGUUGCAAACUCUAGUGCAUCCAGAUAAAUUCAGCAAUAAAACAACGCGAGAGCAAAACAAUUCAGCCGAUUGGAGUUCACUUAUCAAUAAAGCUUAUAAGACACUACUAACACCUAUUGAUCGUGGUCAAUAUCUACUUAAAAUGCAAGGACACGAGAUUCCACAAGACAAUAGUUCUAUCAAUAAAGAAUUUCUAAUGAUUAUGAUGGAAAGAAAUGAGGAUGUAGAAGCUGCUAACUCUAAACAAGAUUUGCAAAAAUUAUAUAAAGAAAUUGAAGUUGAUCUACAAAAUGAAAUCACUAAAUUGGAAAAAUGUUUUGGUUUAGAUGAUAUUAAUGGUGCCAAGUCUGUGUUAGUGGAAAUGAAAUAUCUAUUAAGUAUACAAAACAGUAUAAAAAACAAAUUGCAAACGUUAGUAGACGAAUAAUUAUCAAACAUAAGAUAUAUGUAAUUAAUAUAUUUUAAUAUAUUCAAUACUAAAAAUAACUUCAAAUAAGUCAUGUAAAUUAGGUUAUAUAUUCUUCUAAAAGUAAUUUUUGUUUUU